AUGGGAAGAUCAAAAAUCAAAGUGGAACUUAUUCAAGAUCACAAGAAAAGGAAGUCUACUUUGGUGAAUCGGAAAGCUGGCUUAGUCAAGAAAAUCUCCGAACUCUCAAUACUUUGUGACAUCAAAGCAUGCAUGAUCAUAUAUGAAGGAAAUUAUAAUCAUCAAAUCUGGCCGAAGGAUCCAAAUAAAGUCAAAGAGGUAAUAAAUCUCUACAAAAACCAAUUACCAUUCGAAGGACGAAGCAAAAGGGGUAAGACCUUCUCCAACUAUUUCGAAAAUGAUCAAAAUAAAAGGGCUGAGAUCAAAGUAGAAAAGUAUCCGACUUGGGAUUCAAGAUUUGACUAUUUAUCUGAAAAAGAAUUGCAAAAUCUUGCUGGGGUUGUUGAGAAAAGGAUGGACGAGGCAAAAGGAAAAAUAGAACUGUUGAAGAGCAUGAAUGUUCAUAUUGGAAGUUCCUCACUUUCUCAUCAACAAAUAUGGGACUACAACUUGAUGAACCAAACUACUACUCUGUGGCCUAUUUCUAAUGUGAAUUCUUUCACCGAUUACAACAACUUCUUUCAAUCAAAUAUUCCAAUUAGUGGUGUGAAUUCAAUGGGAGCAGGGAUGGAUAUGGGGAAUAAUGGGAUUGUUUCAAGUUUGACAAUGCAACUUAUGGAGAAUGGAAUUGGUUCAAGUUUGACAAUGCAGCCUAUGGAUCAGUACCCUUUCAUAUACACUGACUCUACUCAUGAUAUGUCUUAUGGAUUCAUGUAG